AUGGCAGAGCAUGUUUUGAGUUUGGACCAAGAAAACGAGCACGAGAUCGACGAUGGACGAGAAAAGCAAGAAACCGAAGAGGACAGGCCGAAUUCGGACAACACGUUUCCUUUCGCCGGGCUCAAUCUCGUCUUGAUCUUGUCCUUCCUCUCGCUAUCAUCCGAAGAAUGUUCGAAUCUGGACGAGUCGAUCCAAGAGACAAAAGUACAACAUCUUGAGCACAAAUCAAAACCCGGGUCUUGUUUACUUACGAGAAGGCGAGAAAUCAGCCACAUUCGAGCCCUCGGUAGGCAGUCGUCAAAGGUGCACACAAAGAUCAGGGACUUGAGGCAUUGUAGAAGAAUGUGA